AUGAUGCCAUCGACAACCAACGGUGCUGAUCUGAAUCAACAGCAGCAACAGCAGCUGUGGAUGCAGCAGCAGCAGAUUCAACAGCAACAACAGAUACAUCAUCAACAGCAACAACAGCAGAUUCAAGGUUCGAGUGAUGAGAAUAGGACGAUCUGGAUUGGGGAUCUUCAACAAUGGAUGGACGAAGGUUACAUCAACACCUGCUUUGCUCACACUGGCGAGGUUAACUCUGUCAAGGUUAUUCGCAGUAAGCAGACUAGUCAGUCAGAGGGAUAUGGGUUUAUUGAGUUCCUUUCUCACGCAGCAGCUGAGAAAGUUCUGCAGAGCUUCAAUGGUACUACAAUGCCAAAUACCGAGCAAACUUUCCGCCUAAAUUGGGCAACCUUCAGCGCAGGUGCGGCGCCGCCAGCAAGAGUAGGGCGGAAGCAGCGGAAGCUUAAGGGGCCAGAGGCGGCAGCCCGUAUUCCGACAGUGACGCACCUUCUCAUGUAA